AAGCGAUUUUUAUGCAACUGAUGAGGUGAGAUGUCAAGCAAAUAUGGAUGCUGGAGAAACAAAGGGAAACCAUGUCAACCGCUAUUUUCAUCUUGCUCUCCCACUCUCAUUCUCUCCCUUGCAUCUCUCUCUGUCAUUUCCUUUGGUUUGUGAGGCCUCUCUGGUUCGGUCAUCUUUUGGGAAUUCAUGGAAGAUGUCCGAGAACCUUCUGCCGCUUCAUGCAAAGGUUCUCGGGACAUUGCUGAGGAAAGUCGAGAAAGGAAGCUUACUUCUGUAACAGACAGAAGAUCACGGGCUUGUUUGUCUGACCCUCUGGAAUCUCAUGACUUGCAACUUUUGGGUGUCGAGGAUGAUAGCAUGGACCAAUCAUCUCCAAGAGGAGUUCUUGAUAAGUGCUCAACCACUAUGGAAUCUGAAAAAAGUAGCGUCGAAUCUGAAAAAAAUAGCAUAGAAUCUGAAAAACCUCCCAAGGCCAGCACUUCUCAAUCAGAAAGCCAAAUAAAUCCCAUAGCACCGAUUCAUUUGCGUCGCUUCUUUCGUGCAUUGAAAGAAGGACCUGCAGCACACUUUCGGACCAUACCUCCUUUGAAAAGUGUACCAAAGCUCACCAGAAAGAAAAACAAAAGAAUUAGAGACUCGGUAGCUUCUUCUUUCAUUACUUUUUUUGAUGCUGAUCUAUGCUAUUUCAAAUCUUCCUGGAAGAACUUUGCACUGUCAGAGCUUGAAGCUGCUACCAACAACUUCAGCCAUGAAAAUUUGAUUGGAGAAGGAGGGUAUGCUGAAGUCUACAAGGGAGAAUUGCCAGAUGGACAGCUUGUUGCAAUCAAACGACUAACCAGAGGUUCCCCAGAAGAGAUGACUACAGACUUCUUGUCUGAGCUUGGGAUUAUAGUUCAUAUUGAUCAUCCCAAUCUUGCUAAAUUAAUUGGGUAUGGGGUAGAAGGGGGAAUGCACCUUGUUCUUCAGUUGUCUCCGCAUGGGAGCCUAUCCUCUUUGCUUUAUGGAUCAAAGGAAAAACUGGAUUGGGCCAUCCGAUUCAAGGUAGCUUUAGGGACUGCUGAGGGCCUGCAUUAUCUACAUGAGGGUUGCCAGAGGAGAAUUAUUCACAAAGACAUCAAGGCCUCUAACAUAUUGCUUACAGAGGAUUUCGAGCCCCAGAUUUCUGAUUUUGGGCUUGCGAAGUGGCUACCAGAUCAAUGGACUCAUCACACUGUAGAUAAAGUUGAAGGCACAUUUGGUUACCUUCCUCCAGAGUUUUUCAUGCAUGGUAUAGUAGAUGAGAACACAGAUGUAUAUGCUUAUGGGGUUUUGCUAUUAGAGCUCAUUACAGGACGACAGGCUUUAGAUAGUUCACAGCAAAGCCUUGUGAUGUGGGCCAAACCCUUGAUCAUGAAGAAUAGCAUCGAAGAGCUUGUUGAUCCAACUAUUGAUGAGCCCUGUGACUCGGAAGAGAUGAAACGUGUGGUCUUCACAGCUAGUAUGUGUAUACAUCAGGAUCCAGCAGAACGACCUCAAAUGAGUCAGGUUCUGCAGAUUUUGAAGGGUGAUGAAAGCACAUUGCAGCAGGUCAAACUACACCAGAACUCGAAACUUCAAAGAUCAUACUCUGAGGAACUCUGUGAUGCAGACGAAUCCAAUCCAGCCACGUAUUUGAAUGAUCUUCAUCGACAUAUGGAGGUUGUUUUAGGCCACAGUGACUAAGGUUAAAUCUACAUCUGUUGUUGAUGAAGUUUCAACACUAGGGUGCUGCAGAGGUGCCAUGACUGAAAUUUGAUCCUUCCUUGAAUCAACGAGUGAUUACUGUUUCAGUUUCGACAACAUACUACUGAGUUUGCCUCAUUGAUGAACCCUGGACUGAGCUACUGAAUCAGUUUGGGAAGAAGUAAAUAGGCCUGAAGCAAGAGAAGGAAAAAUAGUAGAAAGGAGAGAGCCAGGUUAACCUUAUUGUUUUGUAAUGGCAAGUUACAUGUCAUGUAUUAUUAGUGUUCUCAAGAGAAUGGAGAAAAUCUCAUGAAUGGGAUUUUAUCAGAGGCAAUGUUUUCUGCAGCGGAAUUCAAAUACAUAUGUAUGAAGUGGGAGGGAUUGCUUUUCACAGUCUCUUAUGGUUUGGAAAAGGUUACCAUAAGCUAAAGUAUAUGUGGAAACAUUUGGUGACCAGUCAUGUUGUGUGUAAAGUUUGCAAAUCCAAAUGUUCUAUUAGCAA